AUGAACAGGACGAAGAAGACUGCUGUCCGACUGCCUCAAAAUCGGCAAAAACCUAUAAAGACUGAAUGGAAUUCCCGAUGUGUGCUUUUCACCUAUUUCCAAGGGGACAUCAGCAGCGUUGUGGAUGAGCACUUCUCCAGAGCCCUGGGCAAUAUCGAGAGCUCCCAGGGAUUGAGCCCCUCGAGCCAGAAUGAAGAUGUGAUCCUAAAAAAUGAUAGUGACACGCCUCCAAACCAGUGGCGUUUCUCUUCUCCAAGGACGAAGCCACAGCCAGAAGUAUCUCCUGCAAACCAUGCCACCAACUGCAACUUAAAUGUACCUGGUCCCUUAGCUGUGGAUCUGAUCCCACCGUCCCCUCAGCCUGUGGAGGAGCUGUGGCAUUUCUCCUCCCUAGCCAGUCCCAGCUCCCCAGAGCCUGGCUACUCUCAGGUCUUCCCUGAGGAUCAACUGGGUCCAGAGCCCCAGCCUGAUGAGAAAUGUGAGCCCCUCCUAAGUUUCCUCCAGGAAGACGGAGGCCUAGGCUGUCCUCAGGAAUCUGCCACAAAGGAAGAUUACAAUCCUGUUCAGGCAGCCGGAAGCACGGGAUUACUCCUCAACCUGCCUUCCAGCUCAGCCCACUAUAAGAAAGUACAUGUCUCCCCUGAGCGCGGACCUGCCGGUACCAGCCUUGCACGUGAAAUAACCGUUUCCUUCCUCAUUACUAAGCCCUACCAACCGAAGGCCUCUGAGCUCUUCCACUCUGACUCAGAACAAGAGGCCUGCAUGGCAAGCCCAUCACCCUGA